GGGAACGCAGUUUAGACAGUAACCCAAGCCAGAACAAACUGAAGAGCUAAAAAUACCAACAGUCAACAAGCCGGCUGCUGUGGGACAGAGACAGGGGGCAUUGGUGGGUCUUUACAUAGGGGUUAGACAGGCUGACAGAGGGAGUGAAGGGAUAGACAGCUGGGGAAAGAUCCAUUGUAAAAGCUAGAACAGAAGACGGCGAGGAAAUACGACUUUAAAAAAACUAGAAUAUACCCCCAACUUGUGUUUCGCUGCUUGUUACCCUCUUCUGUCUUCUUGGACGUUUUGCUCACCGCUCCCUGGAGGGGAUGAACUUUGCUCUCAGGCCUCCAUCAGCAGGCAGUUCUGGGCCUGGCGCUGGCAGAGGAGCCACCAUGGAGAACCUGGAGAAGCAGCUGAUCUGCCCGGUGUGCCUGGAGAUGUUCUCCAAACCUGUGGUCAUCCUGCCCUGCCAGCACAACCUCUGCCGCAAGUGUGCCAACGACAUCUUCCAGUCAACUAACCCUCUGUGGCAGUCCCGCGGCUCCUCCAGCAUGGCUUCCAGCGGCACCCGCUUCCGCUGUCCGUCGUGCCGCCAUGAGGUGGUGCUGGACCGCCACGGGGUCUUCGGUCUGCAGAGGAACCUGCUGGUGGAGAACAUCAUAGACAUCUACAGACAGCAGGAGUCAUCCAGGCUUGUGAACAUAAAGCCAGAGCAGCAGAAGCAGCAGCUGCUGUGUGAAGAACAUGAAGAGGAGAAGAUCAAUAUCUACUGCCUGUCCUGUGAGACGCCGACCUGCUCCAUGUGCAAAGUGUUCGGAAAACACAAAGACUGUGAAGUGGCACCGCUCAGCAGCGUUUAUAUGAGACAGAAGACAGACCUGAGCGACGGCAUCGCUAUCUUGGUCGCCAGCAACGACCACGUCCAGGCAGUCAUCUCUCAGAUGGAAGAAAUCUGCCGCACUGUAGAGGAGAACGGUCAGCGGCAGAGGGAACAGCUAGCCAUCCAUUUCGACAGCCUGUUGGCCAUCUUGGAAGAGCGGAAGCAGGAGCUGGUGGGGCUCAUCACCAAACAACAGGACGAUAAACUCAAACGUGUCCAAUCUCUCAUUCGUCAGCACAGCGAUCACCUGGAGGCCGCGGUAACGCUGGUGGAGUCAGCCAUUCAGUCGAUGGAAGAGCCACACAUGCCUGUGUUUAUACAGAGCGCCAAAGUCAUACUGGAAAAGAUAGCAGUGACAGCCAGGGCCUCGAACAUGGAGCGUCCAGAGCUCGGUUACGAGAGUAUGAGCCAUUUCUUCAUCGAUACCGACGAUCUCGCUGACAUGCUGAGGAACAUCAACUUUUGCUCCGGUGUGGGAGAUAAUGGAGAAGAAGAUCCUGAAGAGUCAGAACUGGACUUCUGCUCCAGAUUUUAAGACCAUAACAGAGGAAGCUUUUGUUUUGUUUGACUUUUUUAUUGGUUAAACAUUUGAGUACAAUGAUUUGAUAUUCUCUGAGAGACAUAACAGAAGGGGAUACAAGGUGUUUGUUUCUGUCUUGAAUCUCCCGGUUAACCUGUAUUGAUGAAUUGAUCAGGGUUUUGCAUGGCCAGGGCUUUGUGGUUUGUUUUUUGGUUUAGAAAGUGUCAGACUUCACACAUUAGUUAUUCAGCUUCCAGUCAUCAGCUAGAGCGGGCAAACCUGUAGCCCUGUCUCUCUUUUUGCCAAAUGUUUUAAUGUUUUAUACACAUAACGGACACACAUUGGACUACAGAGUCUAAUUCAUAAUAUUUAGUUUUGAGGGACUAAUAAUGGUUUUUAUUUGUUAAUUUAGUCCUGAAUUAUAGAUCUUUCACUGUUUUGGUGGGAAAAUCUACAAUUUUGACCAAAAAAGCCAUACAAUCUCAAAGUCCACUUAAUAACCUUUCCUGGAGAUUUCUUUUGCAUCCCACAUUCUUCAUCAGCAGGUAGAGCUGGCUCAGUUGUCAUGGAGGCCAUUCACAUCAUGCACCAAAGACCACCUCUGAACAGAGACAGAAGUUUUACAACUAAAUAAAAUCAAACAUUUCCUCAGUUUGCUGUAGAAGAUUAUCCAGGAAACCUGAAAACUUAUUUAAAGGGCCCUUUGAUAAUAAUAAUAAUAUAUUGAUUUAAUUCAAUUCAGGUGCCUGCGAAUUUCAAAAUAAAGGCGCAUCUUAAAGAUAUGUAUCAUCGAUUUUCACUUUGCAUCGAUGAUAUUGGAUCGUUGAUCACUGAAGCGAUAUAUCGAUCCAGAUCGAUGUAUCGUUACAGCCCUAAUAAAUACAUGGCACCCUAAAGGUUCACUUCAUGUCUUGAUCAUAAAAUGCCUCAUAUUUAAAGUGUUUCAAUGAGAAUCCUGCAGACAAACAAGUUUCUAAAAAUGCAAAAACAAAACUGACAGCUCUUAAACUGAAGUUGUUCAAAUGUGUCAGAGCCUGUUUAUAAAUGUUCUUGUUGUUCUGCUGAUGAAUUGUAAUGUGCACAAUGUGAAGUCAGCAGCAGCUCACUGUGUAUCGUACAGAGGAGAUGUGUGAAAUUGUCUCUAACAAGACCACUUACGUAAAAAGAGAGUGAAGGAUUCCCCUCAUCCACUCAGGAAGGCGGCAGCAUCAGCGUAUUCAUGCUGACUCAGUCAAAGGCGGCAACAACAACAACAACAGCAACAGAAUCCUCCUCCGUGCUGCGUUUGUGUGACAUUAGGCUGAGCAGCUGGAGAGUUACUGGUGAUUGUUUGGACGUGGGAAGAUGACACUGAUCUCAUGGUAUUCAUCUUUUGUUCUUUACUCGAGGUUCUCGCUGCAUUCCUGAGGAAAUGUAAAACAGAGACGGAAAUAGAGGUUUACCAUAAUCCUCUGGGAAAAAUCCACAAGAGUGAAUUCAGCCACAUAAAAAGAUGAAGAAAACAUGUAAAAACAAACACCUAAAUGAUUGAUUGAAAUCAUACCUUUCUAUACGUUAUCCAUCUGUGGUACCUCCUGCAGCAGCCCAGAAGACUGACUUGGCCAGAUUUUAGCCUCCCACAUUGUUUCCUUUUGUUCUGUAUAAAAACAAUAAAAUUAAAAAACAUCCAAUGUAUUGUGUUUAAAUAUAUCUCUCUAUGUAUAGCUCACAGGAAAUGUAUACAGUGGAUUUAGCACUGUAUUCUGUGCUGUGGGAGGGAAAAGAUUUUGUUCAUGUUGGUCUUUUUCUUCCGGAUUUAAAGCCCAUAUAUAGCUUUUCUGUCACAAUACUUUCUAAAGGCUUCAGAGUUUUAUAAUUCUCUUCAGAUUGUAUGUAAAUACAUUUCCAACCCAAGCCUUCCAAGAUGACCCACAUGAACAUUUUCUGAUCAGCCACCUCUAUGCUUAAGGUUUUGUAAGGGUUGGGCACUUCACUGCUUUGUUAAAGGACGAGGCUGCUGCUAUUCUGUAUUUCUUCUAUUGUCAACAUGAAAAAAACUAAACCAACAAUUAAUUGUUCCUACUACAAAGUAUUGUGUGGGUAUCCAAAGCCGGAUAAAUCUUAUUCCUCUGCCAUAAAGCCAUUUUGUCCAAAAAACACAUGUGUGAGCCAUGCUGCAAUAAAUACUAUGUGGUUUAAUCCGCUGCUGAAAAUAGUCCCCAGAAAAUGCACUAUUUACUCCUGCUUGCAGACAGAAAUAUCUCAACAACUAUUGGAUGGAUUGCCAUUCAAUUUGAUACAAACAUUCAUCGUGCCCAGAUGAUGUAUCGUAACGACUUUAAUGAUCCUGUGGCUUUUCCUCUAGCGCCACCAUGAGGUUGACAUUCAUGGUGUAGAGUGAAAUUUCUCAAACAUUGAAUGGAUUACAAUAAUGUUUUGUGCAACAAUUCAUGUUCCCCUGAAGUGUGAAUUGUAACAACUUUGGUCUUUGGUGAUCCCCUGACCUUACAUUUAGCCCUAUCAUUACAUUAAAAUGUCUCCAGUA